AUGGGCACCUUCACAUGGGCCUCUGGCGCCCGCUACCAUGGGGAGUGGAAGGACGACAAGAGGAACGGCUCGGGUACCUACUACUGGCUGGAUGGCCGCAAGUACGAGGGCAAGUGGCGCAACGGCGACUACCACGGAUGGGGCGUGUACAGCUGGCCCGACGGUCGCCGUUAUGAGGUGCCUGUCAUGCGGGGCGAAUGGAAGGAAGACAAGAAGAACGGCAAAGGCGUGUUCAUGUGGGCCAAUGGCGACCGGUACGAGGGGGAGUGGAAGGACGACAAGCCCAACGGCAGAGGGGUAAAGAGGUGGGCCAAGGGUGACCGGUACGAGGGAGAGUGGAAGGACGGAAAACAGUCUGGGCGAGGCAAACUUGUGCACCCCGACGGGAGAAGCGAAGACGGCUCGUGGGAGAACGACCUUCCGCAUGGAGGCACGUGCCUCCUUUAA